AUGACAGAAGUAUCCAACAUACACGACAUAAUACAAGACGAAAGCGACGAUGACUAUAAUCCAUACUACGAAGACGACUCAGACUCAGAUGUGUCAUAUUCAGAAUCAUAUGCGUCGUCCUCCUAUGACUCUUUGCAAUAUCAGGUUUCGGCGCAGGAGCAAUGGGAAGAAAGCGUGAAGCAGAUUCAAAGCUUGUUGAACUUUGUACUUUUCCCCUUGUUGGGGAAACUCUUGGGGAGACGGUUUAGUAAGUUUGUGUGGAGGCGGUUUGCCGAUUGGUUCUUUCCCUAG